CGGCUAAAGUUUCCUCACAAAGCCCUUUAUUAAAACCCAUCGCGUUAAAUUAACUGUUCGUUCCGGUGGAUUCAGUUCAUUUAUCUUCCGGUUCAAAUGCUGUCGACCUUCGACGGUGUCGCGGCAGCACCGGGGCGAGGAGCUGCGGAGCCGGGGACAGUGAGACGGAGCGACGGCCACAGAGGAGCCCCAGGGCUCGGUGUUCAGGAGUGGCCGGAUGGAUCCACAUACGAGGGAGGAUUUGUGAACGGAUACAAACACGGCAAAGGGAGGUACACCUGGAGCAAUGGAGAGUUCUAUGAGGGCUCUUUCUAUAAAGACUACAGGCAUGGGGGUGGACUCUACUGCUGGCCCACAGGCCACACGUUCACUGGCAAGUUCUAUCUCAACAGAAAAGAAGGAUAUGGACAACAAAUGUUGCCUGAAGGAGCCACCUUUAAGGGUUUGUACCAUACUGACCAGAGGUUCGGGCCAGGUGUGGUUGGUCAUCCAGAUGGGCGUGAGGAUGUGGGUCUUUGGCUCGGAGAGCGCCUGCUAAGGCUCUGUACCUCUGUAGAAGAGGGCUUCAGCCUGAAGAACUUUCAUGAGUAUGCUGCCUACAUGGACCCAGCUGUCAUCACAAUGUCCAUGACUCAGGUGCAGCCUCCCACUAGUGUUCUCCAGUCAGAAGCCAGAGCAGAUUCUGAGGUGGAUACGGAGAGAGAUCUGCUGUCAGAUGAUUUCAUCCUUCCCCCUGGUAUGGAGAGUUACUCAACAGAUGGGGAUCACUUGCCGCUGCCCCCAGGCCGAAGGAAAGAGCUCGAUCAGCACUUUGAUGGCGAGCUGUGGGAGCCAGAUGCUUAUUCCUACCAAGGCUAUAAGCGAGACCCACUCGCCCCCCUGCCCUUACAGCCCCGCAUGCUGGCUCACAUGCACAAACACAGGCUACAGGCUGGAAUUGUGGGCUGGGACGUGGCAUCUGUUCUCGCACUGAACAGAGACAGUUUUGGGCCUAAAGGGCCUUUGGAAGUCAGCUCAGAGUUGUUGAUCCAGCACGCCUCCAGAGGGGAACUGCAGACAGUGUCACAGAUCCUCCAGACCGGUUUGGUCCACUGUGAUGUCACUGAUUCACAGGGACACAGUGCACUGAUCGCUGCCACAGUAAAUUGCCAUAAUGAUGUUAUCCAGCUUUUGCUGGAUAUGGGUGCCGAUGUUGACAAGUUGAAUUGUGAAGGCAUGUCUGCCCUGGCUGUGUGUCAUGUCCUCUACUAUCCUUUCCAGUCUCUGCACACCACCUCGACUGAGACACCCUCCAAAACUCAAGGCUUCAGGUCUCCAUUUGGAUGUGGGAUCAGUCCCCAGAUCAGCCACAUGGACUUCACCACAGACACACCCAGGACCGCAGAAAAACAAACGGAGCACAUCUCGCAUCACAGCAGUAAAGUGUCCAAUGAGUUUUGGGCUGGCAUUAAUGAACCUGAGACCCCUGCAGACGCAGGAGACCCACAGGAGGAGAGAAACGAGAAAGAGGGGGAAGGGGAGGGAAGAGGCUGCAAGGAAAUGAGGAGAGAGGGAAAGGUAGGAGAGAAAGAAGAGAGCAGCAGAGGGGUGGAUGAGAAUGAGAUCAAAGAGGAGGAAAGCGAGACGAAGAGCCGAUGUGAUCAAACAUGGGAAAAUGGAGAAAGUCAGCUGAAAGAGAUGGAAAGAGAAUUCAAGAUGGGAGAGAGAGUUGAGGAAGAUGUCGAGGAGCGAGUACAGAAUAAUCAUGAGGAGGAUGUAAAGGAGAAAGAAGAGAGAGGUGUGGAGCGCCUCAUUCAGGUGUUGGAUGGUCACAUUGCACUGGGUGGCGUACAGUGGAAGGAAUGUCGUGCUGAGGCAGCAGGAAGAGUUCAGCAGGGCAAAGACAAAGAACCGACCCCAAAGGCGACCUUUGACUCUGCCUGCUCCGUCAGCAGCUAUAACAUCCAGGUCACAGAGGACCUGAUGCAGCGCUCAGCAGAGGCUCUGAGUCGCACAGGAUUCCCUCAGCGCUCGGACACACAGGAGACUGUACGCAAAAUGGCUGCCAUGAAAAUAGAACACCGUGUUCGUUGGACCACUCUGAAACUAUUGCUGGAACGAGGAGCUGACCCCAAUGCAUCCAGGGUCCCCAUGCCGGUUCUCUUUUUAGCCAUAAUGGCUGCUGACACUGAGGCCGUCAGGAGGCUGCUGCUGUGUGGAGCUCGCACUAACAUUCCCCUUCCUGCUGAGAGAAAAGGCCUUCAUCCCCUACACGUAGCUGCAGCACUGCCAGGUCCAGCAGGUCCCAGGAUCACAGAGUUAUUGCUCCACGCUGUCACUGACCCAGAUGCACGAGCAUGCGACCAGAAUGAGAUCUGUGAACGAGAUACGGUCUGCGUGUUUCUCUCCUUUAAGCCUGAAACCUUAGUAGUCAUAUUCAAGGUACGGGUGGAACUGGAAAGAAAAGGAUUUCAGUCUCAGAUGUUUUUUGUUGUUGUUUUUUUACAGUUUGUCAUGAAGGCCCAGGAAUCAGUAAACACCAGUAAGAACCCACAGGUCAAAGAGGGAGGCCGGACUGCGCUGCACAUGGCCUGCCAGAGAGACAGUGACUAUCGGAAUGCCAGCAAGGUGGUAGCCCUCCUGCUGUCCCACAGAGCCCGCACAGACUUCCUCUGGAGUGGGCACUCACCUUUGUCCCUGGCUAUAGCAAGUGGCAACGACCUGGCAGUGGAGGAGCUGUUGAAUGGAGGUGCAGAUCCCAACAUCCCCCUGGGCCGUGGGGUGGGCAGCGCCCUUUGUGCCCUUGCCAACGUCAACUACCACUUAGGUGGUAACAGAGCUAAGCUGUUGGACACGUUGGCUAAAGCUGGUGCCGACAUCUUGAUGCCGGUGAUGGUGGGGGAUGUUGUGGGAACUGCAGUGGACUAUGCACACUUCUCCUUCAACCAGGACUCGCGUAUUGCCAACACUCCCUUUCACGUUCUGAACAUGCGGGAGAGGGAAACAUACACCGCACGACGCCAGCUGCUGAGCAUGAUGGGAGAUCUGCUGAGAAAGAUUGCUGGCCAGAGAGAAAAAGAACAUUUAGAGAGAGAGCAACGCCUUACGUUGAAGAUAACAGGGACAAGUAACACAGAGAGGUGUGUGUACACAGAGGCAGAUGCCAUUUCAUCAAACAUGCUCCUUCCCAGCUGUGAAAGUCUGUCACCCAUAACAGAAAAGCAGAGGAAACCAGUGAUUAAGUUCUGCUAUCAAUGUGGUCGCUCGGUGUCCGUGAAGCUGACUGCAUGUAGCCGCUGCCGCAAGGUCUUCUACUGUUCCAGGACCUGCCAACUGAAAGCAUGGGAUGAAAGACACAAGGGAGAGUGUAUCCGGGUGACAGCUGAUGGACUCCAGAAGAGUGUUGCAUUUCAAUCCCCAAGAGGCCCCGGGCCCCUGCCUGUCACAUGGAAAUCCCACACACACAACAGGCCUUUGGGUGUCAAGUUGAAAUUCCACAGACCCCUCAAGCCCAUGGGCGUGGCAGAGGAAGUCUUGGAGAGCCAAGUCUACCUGAGCGAAAACUACAGCGGCAACUGAUUGAUACAAACAUUUCACAUACUUAAUUACAGCGGAAGUACAACUUUCACAAUUUAAUAGUACAUCGUGAAUGUUUAUAUUUGGCUGAAUGGUGAUGACAAUAUUUUGUGCCACAAUCAUUUCUCUUUGGUAUAUUUAUAACUUUGAGUUAUCAAUUUGUCGAGGUUGUGUGAGUUUUAACUCGUUAUACAUCAGUCUGAUAUUUAAAUUAAACCGUCUGCGCUGGGAAAAGGUUCCAGUAAAGUCAUUUGAAAUAAUGCAUUCUGUGUUAUCUUAGUUUUCGUUUUAAGUAAAAUCUUCUUCAGAAAGGUAACUAAUAAGUACAACAACUGUCAAAUAUGUGGUGGAGUUAAAGGUAGCAUUGUCUUCUGUAAGUAGUAUAACAUGUAAUUACUUGGAAUGUACUUGGUACUAUUCCUCUAAUCUAUCCUGUACUUUGUAAAUCAAUGUAAAUACAGUUAUUGCUAUCUGUAAAAUGUAUUAAAUGCAAAAACAAACCGUUUGAACAUAAUAUUCUCA